UUCAGCCACAGGGGGAGCUGGUGGCAGCGUGGGCAAGCACGACUGUGUAGAGUGGCAGAAGAAGAGCAGGGGGUGACAGGUGAUGUAAACAGUCGGUCACGAGGUGUAAACAGCACAACGGGCUGCAGAUCACCCACCCGGACAGAUCCGGACCGGCCUGUGCAAACAAGCCAGAGUUGAAGCCGAUGAUGAGAGUGGAGCAUGAGGACCGGAGCCAGGUGUGGAGGCCGAUGUCGGGCGGAGACGGCCGAUUCCGGGACCCAAUGAGGGGAAUUGGACACGAGAUGAGAGCAGACCUCCCGGUGCUGCUCAGCGGGUCAAACAGACUGGUGUCAUUUGAUCCGAUCACCAGCGGAGUUGGAGAGAUUGGAGGACAGUGAUCGGAGAGGCGAAUGGAAGAGACCGUGGGCUGCAGCGGCGAGGUGGAGACUUCCUCCCCAGGGGAUGGAUUCCCUGCUGUGGCCCAAUCAUUAUUUCAGGCUUUGCCCCCCCCUGGCGCCCACGGAUCAUCAGGCUGUGCUGAAGCAGCCUCAGGAUCUGGAACUCCUGUGAUCCGGCCCUGGAGGUUUGGCCUGGUUGCGUUCAGGUGAUAACUGCAAGGCCGCGAUGUGUGAGGCCUGAGCCGUGGCCACAGUGGUGAAGCCACUCAGCUUUCCCUCAACUUUGACACGUUUACGUGAGGUUGUCCACGAUGACAACGUCCAGCCUAAGAUGCAGUGUCUAAUGAUGGACUCCUCCUUCUCCAUGGUAACCAUGCAAGGAGAGGACAGUGGGAUCGCAUGGGAGACGACCCCUAGUCGCUGUACCACACCGUGGGCAUCCGAAGCUGGAACCUCUACUGUGGAUCUCAGCUCUCCGGUUGCAGUACGGCAUGCACAACCUGGGUCUGUUCCAGCAGGGAAGAUAAUCUUCGUCAUGGAUGAGGAGUUGAUUUCCAGACGGAAGAAAACUAAAGAGAGGGCAAGUGCUCAGAGGAGACAACGAGAAGUCUUCGCAGACAGCUCGGAGGACGUCUCCGGACGGCCAGAAUUAGUGGAAGUCUCUGAGCCAAAUGUGAAAACCAAAGGAGAAGGAGCUGAAGAAGAACCAACUGAGCCUCAGGAAGAUAAAGAACAAUGGCUAUUCAGCUUAGUGUCUGAAGGCUCUGAAAUCCUUAACAUUGUUGUUCCACUUAAACUUGAUACUGUGGAUGAAGAGGAGAGCAAAGAAAUGGCGGACAACUUAUCUUAUCUGGAGUCGAGCCCUGUUCCUAAAGCAAACGAGGAGACCAAUGAUAAUGACAUAAUGAUCUUAACAGACUCUCCUACAGCUGCAGCAAGAGCUGAACAGAUGCAGCAUUCAUUUCUCAUGGGUCCACAUGGGAUGGAUCCACCAGGGGCUCCAGUGGCCAGACCUCCAGACAGAGGAGCUCCAGGACAAGUGGACUACUUUGAGGCGUUCAACCUGAUUGAUGCCCAGGCUCCGGGAAGUCCUGCUGUGGUCGCAGAGAGACAAGUGGAGCCCGAGGUCGAGGGUCUCGCCAACAGCCAGGAUUCUUCGCUAGUGCAGUCUAACAACAUCACCACAGAAAGGCCUGUGAAUCUCGACAGGUCAGACACAGUCAGUCUUGGGGAAAUCAACAUCGAGCUUCUAGAUGAGGUCUUCUACGGUGGUACAGAUGACUAUCACAAUGAAACUCUAAAGAGAGAGGUCAGAGGUGGAGAUGCCAGAUGUGCACCCUUGAGACUCCCGUCAAAAACAAGCGGUUCGACUUUAUAUGGAAGCCAAGAAGAAAUCCUGACACCGAUCUUUCUACCUGAAGGACCUACCAAAAUUAUUGACCCCAUUUUGCUAGAGGAGCCCAAAGCCAUGGCCUUCCUUUAUACCGACCUGUAUGAGGAAGCAAUCGGCAGUCGACAGAAAGAGGAGGAUACAGAAAGUAUGACCUCGGAGAAGUCCUUCCACAGUAGGCAUUCAGACAGGGAGGCCAGGGGAUAUUUAGAAAAAUAUGCCCUGAUAGAUGAGACUCCUGCGGUGGAGGUGGAACCAACCGAUAAAGAAGAAGGCCCAGAAGAAGGUCCUCGGACAUUGUGUCAAGAUUUGUAUGAUUUCGAUUUUCUGUCCAAGCCUGAAAAAGGUGAGGUGCCAAACUCAGAGGAAGAAAUAACCGAUUUCUUCAGAUCCAGUGCCAAUUCUUCGCCAUUCGAUAUGGAGCCCCUCUCUCGAUCAGUAGAGGAAGACGACACACAAUCAGCACCAAAGAGUAAAGCUAAGACAAAUAAAAAAGUCUCCAUAACAGUAGGACAAGUUACUGAAAUCCCAGCAGACCCACUUAGCAUCUCAAGCUUUGAGUUUCCGGCAGAGGAACCAGACUGGGGAACUACAGAUGAUCAUCCAACAACCUUGGAUGAGAAAGAUAUCAGUUGCAUUCCAGAUCAGAAACUGUGGAAACAAGAUUUGGAAGCGCAAAGGCCAGUUGCCCCUCCUAGGAAAAAGGCAACAACCUCUCCUAAGGCAAGUCUGGACCUGACACCUCUGACUCCAGUUGAUGCCAUUAUACAGGAAAAAGAAGAGACUUGUGGAAAGGAGCAGAGGGAGGAAGAGAAAGAGACAGCAUCACCUGAGGAGACUGCUGACGAAGGAGAUGGAGAUGGAGAGGAGACCCUGCUGUCCUCUUUUGAAGUUUCUAUGUCUGAAUAUGCACUGGGUGCAAAGGAAACUGAAAGUGUAAAAGAAAGCAGUGAAAUAACAAAUACAAAACCAGCGGCAGCCGAGGUGGAAGACGCCAAAGAAGUAGAGGAGGAAGAAAGUGAAACAGCUACAAAACAAAUUGAAUCAGAGGGGGUAAAUAUUACAUCACCAGAUUCGGCUAAAACAGAAGUUAAUCCUGAAAAACAAGAGGAUAUUUCAGCUGCGUUAUCAACUGAGCCAGCUAAAGACAAAGGACAUUGUAUAAUACUUUAAAGAAGCGACAGUAUUCAAUCAUAUUCAUGUCAAGUGUCUUGCUGAUGUGUCUUAAAAUCACAGUAGAAUGUACCUGCAUUGAACUGAGUCUUAAACCCUCCAAUAUGAUGGGUGUAAAAAUGUUGAUUUAAAUGUUUCUAGUUUUUAUAAUUUGCACCCUGCUGUUCUUCUUAUGCAUGAAUUCAACUGUAAAAAAAUGCAAUGCAAAAGUGGCACCUAUUUAGAGAUUAAUCGAAUAGUCGAUCAACAUGAAAAAUAAUCAGCAACCAUUUUAUCAAUUGUUGUAGUAAUUUUUCAAGCAAAAUAGUGAAAAAUGACAAAUAUUUGCAUCUCAGCCUCUCAAAAGCUAAGAUUGGAAGAUUUUUUUGGGACAUUUAUCUUGUAAACUGAAUAUUUUUUGAUGUCACCCUCAGCUGAGUGAAACAGUUUUUUGAUAUUCCAUAAAUGAAAAUAGUUGUUAGCUGCCGACCUACAUAGAUCAAAUAUCUUUACCUCUGUCUCUUCAGUAUUGCAGGGUGGUUAUAACGCAUGAAUCAUGGAGUGUUUGAAGGGAGAGGUAUGGGUUUUAGGUGUGAAUAAACAGGGGUAGAGUGCAUGUGUUUGCGCAAGGUUAGGGUGGAUCUUCAGCUAUAAAUAAGCCUCUCCUGUCGUGAACCUGACACCUCGUCUCAACCAGGAGGCUGUGUGCUGUGUACCUACUUGUAAACAGUCAAAAAAGUGUGUAAUACAUGCAGACGGGCCUAUUCAUAAUAGCAGUUUUUUUCUGAUACUUUGUUUAAUCCUUAAUGUUUCCAAAGACUACCAUGGCUGUAAUGUAUGCUAAAUUAAAAUUAUUCUAACUCUGUGUGCACCUGUUUCCACAUUAUCAAGAGACUGGAAAAAACAGAUUAUGACCUGCAAGAGAUGUUUUCCAUCUCAUCAAGAGGUGUGGACUUAAAGAUCAUUGUCAGACAUUUUAAUACAUUACUUUUAUUUCUACUCCAUCUUUGAAAGGUCCAAAAGCUAUUUUUCAAUCCAAAAGUUGAAUUGCUGGACACA